UCUCCUCUCCAUACUGGUUCUCAUGGAGACCCCGUUGAGAGGACCUUUUCUCUUUAUAAAGAUACAGCCCAUGCAACUGCCUUUGAAAUAAUCCACAGGAUUUAUUGCGAUAGUCUCUUCUUUACUUGCACUUCAAAGAAGCGGUCUGCUCUGUGACUGAAUGCGACUGCCUAUGACUGAAAGAGAACCCACAUGAACUGGAAUUAGUUUGGUCUUUCAUUCAGAGUCAGACCAUUUGAAGCGUUGUAACCAAACGGACUGAGGACCGGACACUUGCCUUGAAUGACACGGGAUUACUUUGUUUCUGGAUAGGACUGUUUUUAGUUUCAGUGUCAUCCAAAACCCGAGUGCUUGCUGCGCUUCUUCUCCACCGAUACCGCGCCUCUUUCCUGGUGAACUCGUUCGUCGCUGCCUUUCCGCGCAGCUCCUGUUGCAGGUGCGAAGGAGACACAGAGCGCGUGGACAGAUGGCUGCACUGACGAUACAACGGAAUGACAACUUUCUGCACACCUUUUUACAGGACCGGACCCCCAGUUCGUCCCCAGAGGGAGCCCCCAACGCCCUGUCCUUCCUGGCCACCACCUGUAGCCAGGCCUGGCAGGUGGGUGGCACGGUGGGCUCCGAGAGCUCCCAGUUCCCCUAUGAGGGGGCGGUGGGGGUGAGCUCAGCCUCCGGGAUGUUCCAGCUCUGGAGCAACGAGGUGGCGGUGGCCCCUAGCUCUAGUCUCAGCGCCUCCAGCCUCACUGCAGCCGCACAUCAGAUGACAUUCGCGGUGCCCAAGGUCCAGUUCCCUGUUGGCCCUGGACAGAGUCUGCAGUCUGGCCUGGGUCCUCACCCCCACGCACUCUACCAUCACCACCACCAUCACCACCACCACCACGAGCUGCCCCUGACCCCGCCUGCCGAGCCUCCCUCUGCCUACUCCUUCGAGCUCUCCCCCGUCAAGGUCCUCUCAUCCCAGAGCCAGGGCCCCAAUGGGCCGCAGUACCACCCCCAGCAUAAUGGCGUCUCUGUGGGACAAAACUUCCCCAGCUUCUUUCAGAACUCUGUAUCCUCUGCCAGGCACCAUCUAUCCGGAGGACACCACCAUGUAGGGGAGGAGGGCCAGCAGGGCUGGUGGAGCCUCCCCCAGACCACUGGCCACGGAAGCCCCACCAACCACCACCACCCCUUCUCUCUGGGCCGGCAGCUGGUCCUGGGCCACCAGCCCCAGAUUGCAGCCCUCCUACAGGGCACCUCCAAGGGGCUGUUAUCCUCCACGCGCCGCUGCCGUCGCUGCAAGUGCCCCAACUGCCAGGCCAACGGCGGGGGACUCGAGUUCGGCAAGAAAAGACUACACAUCUGUCAUAUCCCAGAGUGCAGCAAGGUGUACAAGAAGACGUCUCACCUGAAGGCCCACCUGCGCUGGCAUGCCGGGGAGAGGCCAUUCAUCUGCAACUGGCUGUUCUGUGGGAAGAGCUUCACGCGCUCCGACGAGCUACAGCGCCACCUCAGAACACACACCGGGGAGAAGAGGUUUGGAUGCCAGCAGUGUGGGAAGAGGUUCAUGAGGAGCGACCACCUCUCCAAACACGUCAAGACCCAUCAGAGUAGGAAGAGCCGGUCCGGUGGGAACACGUCGGACUCUCUGUUGGCCAACAUCAAGAGAGAGUAGAAUGGACUAGAGGGGGAUUCAAUAGACACUAUAUAGAGCCAAGAGACUGCAAUAUGUGGCUGUGCUGUAACUGCCACAGAUCCUCUGAGAGAGAGUGGAGCGGACCACAAGGACACCCUAUAGACUAUU